AUGGAACAGUGGCUUCGUAUUUCGUUAAUUUUAUGUACCUUUGGGUUCUUUCGAGAAUUCCGUCCGUCAGAGCCUUUUGUGUCUGAUUUCUUGAUGGGAGAAUGGAGAAAUGUGACUGAAGAUCAAGUUAAUUUUGAAGUCUAUCCAAUUGGAACUUACUCUACACUCGGACUUUUAGUUAUUGUAUUUUUAAUAACUGACAUUUUAAGAUAUAAGCCAAUAAUCAUUGCGUCAUCAAUUGCCGGUAUUAUUAUUUGGUCGAUAUUAUUGUGGACGACUUCAUUGCUCGCCCUUCAAAUCUCACAAUUCUUUUAUGGGUUUUAUUUUGCCGCCGAAGUUGCUUAUUACACCUAUAUGUAUGCAAAAGUGGAGAAGAGUCAAUAUCAGAAAGUGACAGGGAAUGCAAGAGCAGCAAUUUUAACCGGCCGGUUUUCUGCGAGCAUUUGUGCACAAGCUUUAUAUUCGUUUGAUAUCAUGAAUUUGAGAGAAUUAAAUUACCUGACACUUGGCGCUCAGACGAUCUCAUUGUUUGUCGGCUUUUUGUUGCCAUCAGUAGGAAGAAGUUUAUACUUUUAUUCAGUCCCAAACGACGAUACACAAAACAGCUCAUAUGGAACAGACAAUUCGUCGCAAUCUGAUACCAAAAAAGAAUUUAAAUCGAGAUUUUCAACGAGGCAGGCAACGUCGUUGCUAUGGAAGCAUUUUAUAGACUCUUAUUCUAAUCCAACUGUGGUUCAGUGGAGUUUUUGGUGGGCAUUGGCUAUGGGUGGAUUCUUCUUAGUGCAAUUUUACGUACAAAUUUUAUGGAUGGCUGUUGAAGAUCGAGAUCAUCUGUUCAAUGCCGGUGUAGAGGCAAUUUUAACAGCUUUUGGUGCAUUGAGUGCAUUCUUAGCUGGAUUUUUAACCAGUAAAACAUUUAGAAAAUAUGACAUGUGGGUGCUGACAGUCUGCUCACUACUUCAAGGAAUAAUGAUUGUAAUAUCAUCACAAACUAAUCAGAUUUACAUUGCGUACACAAUGUAUGUUCUAUUUGGCGUAAUAUUUAGUUUCAUGAUAACGUUAGCAACAGCAUUUGUAGCACAAGAGCUGGCCGAUGACAGUUUUGCCCUCAUUUUCGGUAUCAAUACAUUAAUAGCUUUAAUAUUCCAAACAAUCAUAACACUAGUUGUCAUGUCAUGGCUAAAUCUUAACAUACGACUCCAAUACUUAAUAUUUGGUUGCUACUUUAUAGCUUUAUCAGUAAUUUAUCUCAUAGCAUCUGUAGUUAAGAUGAUAUUCUAUAAAAACUCAGGUAUACAACAAAUAAGUGAAUAA